AUGCUCGAUUCGGUGACCGCAGAAGCUUAUUCCCGGCAGACUUCAAGCCCGAAUUCGACAUCCUCCUCGUCAACAGUUAGGAGGGCCACCUCUUUAUCCUCACAGCCAGGCUCACGAGUCUCUUAUUUUGGUUACUCGGGCAGGCACAUUGCGGACGAGCCGCCGCGAAAGUCGAAAUACCCUAAUGGCCCGCCCCCAAUUCACAUCGCAGCUGCCGCGGUCACUAUUCCCGCCUCCUCUCCUUCUCAUACGACCAUAGACCGAGAGUAUGUGACCAAAGGCCAUUCAAGAUAUCACGGGCACAAUUCUAGACGCAGCGGCGACACCGAGCCUGGAAGUUCUACUUCAUCAACCAGGAGUGAGGCGGAAAGAGGCCGUAAACAUAGAAGCCCAUCACAGAAGACAAUGCUCUCCCGGGCGCUACAAAAAGCCAAUACCGCCGUUCUACUCGACAAUGCGCAGAAUUUUGAGGGCGCGAUGGGCGCAUAUGCCGACGCCUGCCGUCUGCUCCAGCAGGUCAUGCACGGUAGCACAGGUGAGGAAGAUAAGAAGAAGCUGGAAACCAUUCGACAAACUUACACAAACCGGAUAAAUGAGCUUCAGACUCUCGAUUGGGGCUUUCAGAAGGCUGAUGAAAAGGCCCUCCCGUUGAGGCCGCUAAGUAACGAUACUCUCAGCCCGGAGCCUUUUCCAUCCUACGACAGAGAAGUAGAGGCAACCAUGAUCGAAACAGCAACACAGUCAAAAACCAUUACCAACACAUACGCCGCAGAACCACAGCAGUCACAAUUCCUCAAUGCGUCACAUAUACCUCUACGAAGACACUCCUUGCUACCCUCGCCGCUCGAAAAGGCUGAGACUCCUGAGACUUCAAUCUUUGCUCCGAAGAACUCAUAUUCAAGCAAUUGGACCGGCCAUGUCAGUCAGAAUAAUUCAAUAGGUUCAAGCAUCAUGGAGCCUGAAUGUAUGCCUCCGCCUCUUUCAGUCUCCCCUCGGAAGCCGUUUUCUCCCGACGAUGCUGGCUCGCAACCACCAGCUGCAUCAAGCUCAGAGAUACGAAACACUGGUGAACCCCAAGAAGUCCAACCGUCUCUUCACUCGCGCGAUGCUAGUACAGAGACCACUUCUUGGCUUGACACAAUCGAUGAGUCUGGGGGAUCAUCAGCAUCAUCCCUUCAUUCCAGAAAUUCUUCUUUCGGCGUUGAGCGAAAGCGCGUACAUGUACCAACCGGAAACGCCGCGACAGAACUUAACGCCGCUCUGGACGCUGCCGUGGAAGCGGCAUAUGGCGACAGCUUCGAUACAACAGAAAAAGAUAUGGGCGAGAAUGGGCAAAAAGUGCGCGAGGCAGAGCAAGAAGAUCUGGUGCAGGAGGAGAGGAGAGGGCAAGAUAAACAGGUGACCAGAAAGAGAGACAACAGUAUCGAAGCCGAUUAUCUGGAUGAAGAGGCUGAAGAAGAGGAACGGCUGCUGGAAGAAAUGACAAAGGGAUACAUUAUGGACGACUUCCAAUUCGGGACUCAGGCGAAAUUAGCACUACCUCACCAGUCAGACUCUAUUGCCUUCUCUGGUAGAGCCUGGGUCAGCUCCAACGGUUCUCACACACCUACCACUGCGACAUCUAUCGCUGGCUUGGCAGAAGGCGCGCAAGGUGCCACCCAUCUGAAACUUCUUCCGCCCCAUCCUCCCCCAGUGGGAGCGCUUCCUGUGCCUCCUACUUCCGCCACCCCACCUCCCCUCCCACCAACCCCGUCGCUGCCACCGCCUCGACCCCCCAGCUCAGGAACCUCGCCUAUUCCUGGCGUCAGAGACCGUCGUCUCUCCGGACAAAAUGCCAAACAGCUGAAGAUCGAAACCCACUCUCGAUCCUCCUCCGUAUCAGCAACAAAGAGAAAUCUAGCAGUUAACACGCAGGUUCCUCCUGUUGAAGAAGAGUUAGCGAAUUCCAUUGAGUCAUCACAAUCGCGUUCCACUAAAGAUGAGCCCUCACCACGGCGGCCUGCACCCCAGCUCACCCAAGUGCCUCCACUGACGCCGUUGACCUCUCUCCCGUCAGGCGAUUCAAUGCACAGUGAAUCCCCUGCUACUCCUGCUCUGACGAGAGCGGCCACUCAGGACGGUGAUGAGCCAAUACCAGCAUCACCGGCCCGCUUUCUAGGCCGAUCUGCCGGGGGGGGGGGCUUCCUGCGAAAGAACAUGUCAUCUUCAAGCCUAAAGAUGCGCCAUCUAUCUGUGACGACAGCUGAGGCUUCGGACAUUUCGCCGAUGACUCCUGGUAGUGCAUCAUUUCCGACCAGCGCAGAUGCUCGGAAAGGUACUAUGGCAUUCAACCCAGUCUUACCAACUCCUACUGGGAACACAUUUAUGGUAGAUGGCUUGGUAGCUGGUGGAAUGUAUCUAUUCGAUGAUCAAAUUUGCUCCCCAACCACACCUAACGCAUCUAUCUUGAACGCGCCGUGCCCAUUGGAACCGUGUCCUGAAUCGUUUCUAUUGCGGCCAUUCUGGCUCAUGAGAUGCCUAUAUGAGACCAUUGCUCAUCCACGGGGGGGAUACCUAUCCACGAGGUUGUUUGUGCCUCGCGAUGUAUGGCGGGUCAAAAAUGUGAAGAUCAAAGCUGUUGAGGAUAAAGUGUCUAACUGUGACCUUCUUACCGCUGCUUUGCUCAAGCUUUCUAAGGUCGACACUCUGGACGCCGAUGCUGUUCUUGAGGAGAUGCAAUCUUUCGAAUCAGUUCUAGAACAGGUGCGCAACAUAUUACACAAGAAGCUAGGCAGUGAGGUUGGUCUGCAGAGCUCGGUUACGCUCUUCAAAGGUUCGCCAGCAAGCGAAGAUGCAGGUACACAGGCAGAAGCUCUUUCAUCGAAAAGCGGCAAUGGCGGCAACAAGUCAUACCUCUCGAGCUGGAGGAAGUUGAGGUCGAAAAAUUCUGGGGCAGCGUUAUCUUCAUUCACUGCGUUGCCUUCACGCGAAGGCAGCAAGGAGACUCUUUCGAUGAGUUCGCUUCCAAUGACGUCGACUCCAAGCAGCCGACCUCACAAGCGGAAUCUGAGCCAAAUACAGUUGACCGGUCCUCACGCUAAUUAUAUGGGAGCGCUAGCACGACUGUUUGAUGCUGCUCAGAUUCUCGACCAAAUAGCACGUCAAGUCGAAGAUCCAGGUCUAAAGUAUUCCUCCAAGACGCACGUGGGCCUCGAGUUGAGCACGCGAAAUGCUGCAGAGUUCUUUGGCUUCUACGUUUGCCGCUUUGCACUAAAUGAUGUGGGCCUGAUGCUUGACAAGUUCAUCAAAAGAGGCAGCGAAUGGGUUCUCGCUUAA